AUGUUCAAACGCCGUCAUACCGGCAGCAAUGCUUCUGAAGGUGCAGUGUGGCUCGGAGGCCCUGCAGCGAACCAGGGCUCUCGCCGAGAUGACAGUGUGCCGCCCAAGACGAAGGCCUCGGACAGUAUUCCCAAGAUCAACACCGGAACCUUUGGAGAAGCAACCACAGCCAGUCUUUCCGAUAUAUUUGGAGACGAUGUGUUACGUUUUCUACUUAAGCUUGUGCUCGCCAGUGUUGCAGCGGUGUUAUAUAUAAAUUACCUCACCCCUGUUUGCCCUGAGCCAUGUCCUCCUGCUUCAUCGCCUUCAGAGGUGAACGCGGCAAAAAUCACAAACCUUGGUUCGUCAUCCGCUAUGCAGCCGACUUCAGCAGCAUAUUUACCACAUCGAAACGUCGUCAGUGCAGUUAAAGACUACGGCAUCAAGGUCAAAGACUACGGCGUGAAUGCUGCAGACCUUGGUGUGAAGCAUAGCCUCGAGCAUGGUGCCAAAUAUGGCUUGGGUGUUGGUGCAGCUGCAGCUCCAGGACUCUGGAGUCAUUUCUGGUCUGGUAGUAAAUCUGGCCAAUACGAAAGCAAACAUGAUCCUCACAGAACCCGUGCUUGGGAUCUUGUGAUCAAAAGAGGAAGGAAUAUGACCACCUUCACCUCGCUAGUCUCGGAUCUGGAGGGUAUGAGCGGAGGGUUGUACCGCGAGUUCGUCAACCAAUAUACCAGAGUGUCGCCUGAGAAGUUCUCAAGCAGGAAACUUGUUCUUGACAGUGUUCAACACCUGCACACGGAACAGUCGGCUAUCACUGCUAAACUCAACGAAUACAUGUCGAUCCGCAAGCGGGCUGCAGGCGCACUACACAUUCACCGCCACCCCGAUUCCGACGAGAAGCAAUUGGAGGCCAGUAUCAACGAUCUCAAUACCCUACGGAAGGCGUUGGUAAAAGUUGGUUCCGAUUUGUUCACAUAUUUCAACGUAGCAGAAAAGUCAAUUGGCGGUCUUGUUGACAUGGCUGAAGACUUGCCUUGGCAGAAAGAGAAGGACAAGUGGUUCGGCGCAUACAAGUACAGAGAUAUGAUCGCAGCAGUCAGUCGUCUGAGGCAAUUCGAUUCUUGUAUCAAGACCCUACGCGGUAUGAUCACAAGCGAUAUCCAUGCUCUGCGAUAG